CUACGAAUGCACGAAAUGUCUCUUCUAUAUCCAUAUAGAUUAGGCCUACUUAAAAAGUCCCUCUGAUGCUGUGUGUGCAUCUGCUCAGUUUCCAGCAGUAUGCUAUAGCUAAUAAGCACAAUGAUAGGUCAAGUUGAAUCUAACGGCCUCUAACGAUCCACAUCGCUCGUAAUCGCGUAUCUUUCUGAUAAUCCCUGAGAUUGAGCAUCAGUAUGUAUGAAACCAAUGCCAUAAUCAUUUAUUUAAUAGAAAUUCAGAAAUGUUUAAUGUUUAGCAUCAAUUUCGCGCCAUUUUAUGUCAGUGAAACCCAUUUUCUCAUCUCCAGUGAAUGCUGGCGAAAUGUCGACCAAGUUCAAUAUGUGACGCCGGUUAAGAUUUAGAUAUUCACUCAGUCACAUGGGAUAUUUUUUCAAACCUUCGCGUUUACUUGCCCUAUAAUACACAGACGACGCGUGCUCACACAUGCUCGAAAGCGUGGCUAAUUCACACCUCUAUGCAACAUGCGCUCAAGUGCCGAAAGUUUCCACGUGCCCAUUUGCUCUGCAAUGGUCCAGCAGGUGAGAGUGCGCUAAGUUUUACAUUUGACUAAUUGGUCGACGGUCAUCAGACAGUGGGGAUGCAUAUCAGAAACCAACUCUUAAUGGUUUUGCACUGAACAAGAUGAUUCUAAAUUACUCAAACUCUUUCAUAGCCUCUUCAUACAAAGCAACUUCAAUGUCCGAUUUCCGUAAAAAGAACAAUUGAGGCGACUUGAGAAAGUUUUAUAGGAUUUCCUCUUCUUGGACCCCUGCAGAUUGGCAUUCAUGGUAACUUUUAAAAUCCAGACAGACAUUUGCUUUGGUCAAUAUUGAGUUUUGUGACUCUUAAAUCGCGAUAAACUAUCGCCAACUUAUGAUUGUUGUGUUGUAAGUGAGCUCCCAUUUCAAGAUCUUGACCGUUUGUCCAUAGCUGACCUCACGCCAUAUUCACUGUUAAAGAGACGUGUUAAAAGAAUCAUAAUACUAAUGGAAUUAUGAGCAAGGUGUGUAUGCCACCACUCUUGACCAAACAAUAAACUUUCCCACGGGACUUUUCAUAAGGUUAGACAUGAUGCAUGACGCCCAUGCAGGGGUCAAGAAGUGAAGCAACACAUGGUUCCAGUUCAAUAAUUUUGUUUAACAUUGUCAAAGAGCAACAUCUCAUCAUGCAAAGUGAGAUAUCUAUUUGACGUUCCUCAUUGGUGAGCAUGUGAAGGAAAACCAAAGUGGCUAUUUGCAUUAAUCUCCUUGAAAAAUAUUCGUCAACAUUCAGACUUUAGAAUUAUGAAUGAUUAUUUUUUUAUUUUAAAGUAGCUACACCCACUCUGGAAAAGCAGAAACUCACACGAACGCACAUAUUGGCAUAAAGAUUUGCAUUUAAAAGUUGUGCAGUUAUGGACAUAUUUUUUUUAAUAAAUAAUACAUAUUAAAUCUCGCGUUACAAGUUCAGACCAUUUCUUAUCGGUGUUGAUUCGUUUCUGCACACAAGAGCGCCGAAAGUUGACCCGCUUCAGGUGCGAAGGCGAUGCACGAAAAUGGUUGAGCAUCUAAUGAAAUUCUAAGCGCCUCUGAAAGGUUGAGUAUUCAGUCUAGCGCCGUUAGUGUGAGUGUGUUCGUUUUUACACAUGUGUAGUGCCAAAAUAUUCUGUUCCCACGAGAAAAACUGAAGUUUCCAAUCGCACUUACACGGCUUUGGUUUUACUAAAAAAUUGCUUAAAAACAAAACAUAUUAUUGAGAAAUGAAUCAUAGACCAACAUUAGCUAUCAACCAUACUGAACAAAAUAUAGCUAGACUUUAGCAUUUGAAAAAAAAAAUAUGGAAAUGUGUAGCUACCGCUUAUCGUGAAUUAUAUCAAUACACUAGUUUUCAGAAAAAAAAUCCAACAUCAUUGUUUUGAACCUGUAUAACAUUGAAUUGUUAGGGGAAAAAGUUGGUUGGUUAGAGGUCGUGAACUUUAAACGGGGUGAGCAUGUUGGCGAAUUGAGUGUCAAGAAGUUUGUGUUCAAAAUGCAAUGCAAUUUGGCUUUGCAUUGACUUAUUGGCGCAAUAAAAUGAACAAACUAGUCCAUAAACUCAUAAGCAUUCUAUUACUGCAUGAUUGAUUAUUCUUAGCAAACUUCUAAUGGCUUUUAAAAUAUGUGCAUUUUCAUUAUCAUGCAUUUAUAUUCACGUAUAAAGCUUUAUAUAGCCUAUAAGACGAACUAAUAGUUCGCUAAUCUUCGCUGUUAAAAUAAGUUUGCUGGAACAUCAUGUGUGGUAAGGAUCUCUGAUUUAACUUAAUCGAUUUAUAGUUUCUUAUCUUGGAAUAUAUUAAAAGGGUAAUUGAUAACAGCACAAAGCCAUAAGGGGGUACACGACCAUACGGUUAUACGUCAUUGACACCUCCUCACCACCAAUGACAAGCCAGCAUCCCCAAUAAAGGCAAGAGUUCGCGAGGAGCUUUUUCACAGUAGAAUAAUUUCCUCACGCAACUGAGACCAACGGGAAUAUACUAUUGACGGUUUAUUUCAUACUCUUCACGCGAUCAUGGUUACUCCAAAAAUGGCAAGUCGACGACCAACCAAGAGAAUCCUGAAACCGGUUAUAGAAAAGAAACGAAGAGACCGGAUUAAUCAGCGUUUAGACGAGCUGCGAACGCUUCUCCUGGAUAACACUCUAGACUCGCGACUUCAAAACCCCAAACUGGAGAAGGCUGAAAUUCUGGAAUUAACCGUUGAAUACAUUAGGACAAAAGCGACCGCUGCGAGAGAUAGUCAAGGCGAUUCUAACAAAGACUCAGAUCCACAUGAUGCUCCGACUCAGCUCCCGAGGAGACCCCAUGUGCAUUUUGCUUCAGUCCCCGAGCCCAUCAAUGCACAGAUGCCUUCUAAUCCAAUCUACAAAGCUGGCUUUAAGGAGUGCAUCUCCCGCCUGGCCAGCUUCAUUGACUGCGUGGAGCCUUCUCAGCGAGACAGCUUCGUUCAAGGCCUGUGUCACCACCUCGACUCCUACAGCAACACUCUCCCCCAAAGCAGAGUCUCCAGCCAGCAUCAUCCAUGGAUCCCCAAUGCAGAGUUGACAUGCAGGACGGACGUCCCCAUGAGAGCCAACACAGAACCCUUUUCCUACACCAAUAGUUUGUAUCCCACAUCUUUUAUGCUCCACCACCCUCAUCCCACAGGACAGCCCAUGACACAUCCCUACCUUUCCCCUCCAUACUCCCUCUCUCCUCCACCCUCUCCUUGUUACUCAAGCAGCUCUCCUCCCUUCUCCAGCUCUCCCACAUACCUCUCUGUCCCCUGCCAUUUCCCUUUCCCUCCCACCAUCUCACCACUCUCCAGUGACUCUUCGUCCUCCUCCUCGUCAUCAUCAUCCUCUCUCAGUCUCCCAACCUCUGCAGUGCCUGUAGUCCCAGGACCUCAUCUUCAGGUCUCCGUGGGAUCCCCCACUCCAGUGCGACCCACUGGUUCAGUUUCCUCCUGCCAACCCCGGACUCUGAGACGAGCUCUUUUCCACAACCAGCCACAGUCUGUGUGGAGGCCCUGGUGAGCACAACUCAAAAACACUUAGUGACUUAAAGCUCAUCAGUUAAACACAGAGCUUCCCAUCAGAGUUCCCUUAAGACGCUGAGGAGGCUGGGCUUCACAUGGAAAAGACUUCUUGUUAUCAUCAGGAAGCACAUGUAGAAGUGAAGGUGAGCGAGAAACAUUAGGAUCUCUGUGAUGACUCGGCUGCUAUCAGUGUUCAUGUAUGUGUUCUGUGCUUCCUAUUCCCACUGUCACAUUCCUUUUUUGUUCUGCAUCUGAAAUUCUUUAUUGUAUACAAAUUGUGUAAAUAUAUUUAUUUUGUCCCUAUUGUACAUUGUAUAAAUUAAUUGUACAUUUUUUACUUAUUAAAUCUAUA